UCUACUUGCCCCUCUUUGACAAAACUCUCUCUACUAUCAUUUCAUCUUCAAGAUUUCUCUCCUUCGUUAGGUAGUUGAAACAGUAACCUAAACCUCGCCACCGCCGGAAAAAAUCGAUGGAGCCUUCCCUGAGACCAAACCAAUCUUCGAUUCUAAGCGAAAUCGAACGUAUGCCAGAAGCGCCACGUCAGCGUAUCUCACAUCACCGUCGAGCUCGCUCCGACACUUUCUUCUCCGGCGAAUCAAUCGACGAUCUCCUCCUUUUCGAUCCUUCCGAUGUAGAUUUCUCUUCCCUCGACUUCCUCAACGCCCCAACACCGCAACCACCGCAACAACCACAACCGUCUCCGAUGUCCGUCGAUUCUCCUCCGGAAGAAACCUCAUCCAACGGUGCUCCUCCGAUUCCUCUUCCCCCUGGCCGUCACGUUCGCAGCUUCUCGGUCGAUUCCGAGUCCGAUUUCUUCGACGAUCUAGCCGCGGAGGAUAAUCAUCAAUUCGCCGGGAAAUCAUCCUCGUCAUCAUCCUUAGCUAAGAGAGGUCAUCAUCGGAGUAAUUCGAUGGACGGAGCUACGAGUUCGGGUUCGUUUAACAUGCAAUCGAUUCUCGCCGCCGUGAGUUGCAAAGACGGUGGUGCUAAGAAGAGUAUGGGAAUGGCUAGUGAUCGACUUGCUGAGCUUGCUUUGCUUGAUCCCAAAAGAGCUAAACGGAUUUUAGCGAAUAGACAAUCUGCGGCGAGGUCGAAAGAGAGGAAGAUUAGGUAUACUGGUGAGCUGGAGAGGAAAGUACAGACACUUCAGAACGAAGCAACUACACUGUCUGCUCAAGUCACUAUGUUGCAGAGAGGAACCUCAGAGCUCAACACUGAAAAUAAACACCUCAAAAUGCGGCUACAAGCUUUAGAGCAACAAGCUGAACUUAGGGAUGCUUUGAAUGAAGCGCUGCGGGAAGAACUUAACCGACUCAAGAUAGCCGCUGGAGAAAUUCCUCAGGGGAACGGGAAUUCAUACAACCGUGCUCAAUUCUCAUCUCAGCAAUCGACAAUGAAUCAGUUCGUGAACAACAAGAAUCAACAGAUGAGCACAAACGGGCAGCCAUCACGCCCAAGCUUUAUGGAUUUCACCAAGAGAGGCUAGAGUUCGUAAUAGAUAAUAUUCAUUUCAGGCUGCAAUAUUGGAUGUAUGUAUGUAUGUAUGUAAUAUGGCUUUUAUGUUAACUUGAUUAUAAUACUCUAGAAGAAAUCUUUGUGGUAA